UCCAUCGCGGGACCUGGGUCCCAGCGCUGCUCCCUAGAGGCUCGAGCGCGCAGCGGGCGGGAUCUGGGCCGGGACCGGCGGCGAGGGAGGGAGCGAGGAGCGAGCAGAGUCGCGUGCGCGGACGCGCGACUCCAGGUCCCCUCCCAGACCCGGCCGGUGCCCGCCGCCGCCAGACUCGGGCUGCCGUGGGAGGGGCGGUGCGCCAGCCACCCGUCUGGGACCGCAGCUACUCGGCCGGAGUGCAGGGGCCGAGUCCGCGCGACGGCCCACGCCGGACAGGUCCCCGGAUGAGAAGGAGCUGACAGCAGCCGAGAGUCACCUUCUCUGAGUGCGGCGGAGCGGGGCUGCGUGGCCCAGGCAGCACCCAUGCCAAAGAACAGCAAGGUGACGCAGCGUGAGCACAGCAACGAGCAUGUCACAGAGUCGGUGGCCGACCUGCUGGCCCUCGAGGAGCCGGUGGACUACAAGCAAAGCAUCCUGAAUGUGGCGGGCGAGGCCGGCGGCAAGCAAAAGGCGGCAGAUGAGGAGCUGGAGGCCGAGGACCGGCCGGCCUGGAACAGCAAGCUGCAGUACAUCCUGGCCCAGAUUGGGUUCUCUGUGGGUCUGGGCAACAUCUGGAGGUUCCCCUACCUGUGCCAGAAAAAUGGAGGCGGUGCAUACCUUGUGCCCUACCUCGUGCUGCUGGUCAUCAUCGGGAUCCCGCUCUUCUUCUUGGAGCUGGCUGUGGGCCAGAGGAUCCGCCGUGGCAGCAUCGGUGUGUGGCAUUACGUGUGUCCCCGCCUUGGGGGUAUCGGCUUCUCCAGCUGCAUAGUCUGCCUCUUUGUUGGGCUGUAUUAUAAUGUGAUCAUCGGGUGGAGUAUCUUCUACUUCUUCAAGUCUUUCCAGUACCCGCUGCCAUGGAGCGAAUGUCCCGUCAUCAGGAAUGGGACUGUGGCAGUGGUGGAGGCAGAGUGUGAGAAGAGCUCAGCCACUACCUACUUCUGGUACCGAGAGGCCCUGGACAUCUCCAACUCCAUCUCGGAGAGCGGCGGCCUCAACUGGAAGAUGACCCUGUGUCUCCUGGUGGCCUGGAGCAUUGUGGGUAUGGCCGUUGUCAAGGGCAUCCAGUCCUCGGGGAAGGUGAUGUACUUCAGCUCCCUCUUCCCCUACGUGGUGCUCGCCUGCUUCCUGGUCCGGGGGCUGUUGCUGCGAGGGGCCGUCGAUGGCAUUCUGCACAUGUUCACCCCCAAGCUGGACAAGAUGCUGGACCCCCAGGUGUGGAGGGAGGCGGCCACCCAGGUCUUCUUCGCCCUGGGUCUGGGCUUCGGGGGCGUCAUCGCCUUCUCUAGCUACAACAAGCAAGACAACAACUGCCACUUCGACGCCGCGCUGGUGUCCUUCAUUAACUUCUUCACCUCGGUGCUGGCCACGCUCGUGGUGUUUGCCGUGCUGGGCUUCAAGGCCAACAUCAUGAACGAGAAGUGUGUGGUCGAGAAUGCUGAGAAAAUCCUGGGGUACCUCCAUACCAACGUCCUGAGCCGGGACCUCAUUCCGCCCCACGUCAACUUCUCACACCUGACUGCCAAGGACUACACGGAGAUGUACAAAGUCAUCAGGGCCGUGAAGGAGGACCGUUUCGCCUCCCUGGGCCUCGACCCCUGCCUUCUGGAGGACGAGCUGGACAAGUCUGUGCAGGGCACAGGGCUGGCCUUCAUCGCCUUCACCGAGGCCAUGACGCACUUCCCUGCCUCCCCGUUCUGGUCUGUCAUGUUCUUCCUGAUGCUUAUCAACCUGGGCCUGGGCAGUAUGAUUGGGACCAUGGCUGGCAUCACCACACCCAUCAUCGAUACCUUCAAGGUGCCCAAAGAGAUGUUCACAGUGGGCUGCUGUGUCUUUGCAUUCUUCGUGGGGCUGUUGUUCGUCCAGCGCUCCGGAAACUACUUUGUCACUAUGUUUGAUGACUACUCGGCCACCCUGCCGCUGACCGUCAUCGUCAUCCUUGAGAACAUCGCCGUGGCCUGGAUCUAUGGAACCAAGAAGUUCAUGCAGGAGCUAACGGAGAUGCUGGGCUUCCGACCCUAUCGCUUCUAUUUCUACAUGUGGAAGUUCGUGUCUCCACUGUGUAUGGCUGUGCUCACCACGGCCAGCGUCAUCCAGCUGGGGGUCACGCCCCCAGGUUACAGUGCCUGGAUCAAGGAGGAGGCAGCCGAACGCUACCUGUACUUCCCCAAUUGGGCCAUGGCACUCCUGAUAACCCUCAUCGUCGUGGCGACCCUGCCCAUCCCCGUGGUGUUCGUCCUGCGGCACUUCCACCUGCUCUCCGACGGCUCCAACACCCUCUCGGUGUCCUAUAAGAAAGGCCGCAUGAUGAAAGACAUCUCCAACCUGGAGGAGAACGAUGAGACCCGCUUCAUUCUCAGCAAGGUGCCCAGUGAGGCGCCGUCCCCCAUGCCCACCCACCGCUCCUACCUGGGGCCUGGCAGCACGUCCCCCCUAGAGACCAGCGGGAACCCCAAUGGACGCUACGGAAGCAGCUACCUCCUGGCCGGCACCCCUGAGUCGGAGCUGUGACCACCACCCCCCACCCCCUGCCUGCCUCUCCCCCACCACGCCCAUCCAGCCUGCUUGUCCCAACCUGGCCUGUCUUCUUAGGCCAGGCCCUCUGCCCAAGGAGAGGGGGUCUGCCCUGCCUCAUCCCCCACCCCAGUCCCAGCCAGCUUCCCCCUACACCUGAGCAGGGGCUGGGAGAGACUCUGUCCCCAGUGCAGGCUCCCAACUCGUCUAACCUCCUGAGAUCCUCUCACCAAACUGCAGCUGACUAACUCAAACAGUCCAGAAGCCCUGAUUCCCAGCACAGGAGAGAUGGCAAGUGGCCAUUGUAGGGGUCACACCCCAACACCUUCUCUCUCUCUGUAACCUGGCACUUGUAGGUCUUAAGUCCUGGCCAUCCCUCUGUGCUGAUGAGAAGCACCCGGUGGGGUUAGGAUGCUGAUGAUUUAUCCUAGGGGUGAUACAUCUCAGGGGCUGAUUUAAGAUUGGGGAUGGGACAAUUGUGCCAGGACUCAGGGCUCAGCCUUGGGAUGGAAUCUCGUAGAAGUCGCCAAGUUCUGUUUUGCGAGGCAGAUGGCACGCUCUGCCUUGAGUGCCAGCCUUGGCCUCAGAAGGGGGCUAGACACGGGGGCCCCCUCAGCCCGAGGCUCUGGGUGGGAUCUCUCGUGUCCUUGGCCCUGCCUGGGGCAGGGUGUGUCCUGUCACAUCCUGCCUGGGAGGGUGAUGAUUGCUCGGGACCCUUCCCCACCUCCAUUCGGGCUUUGCCUGCCCUCUUUGUCCCCACCCGGGAGCCCACAGUUGUGGCCUGUGCCUCUUUCCUCGAGAGAGGAGGGGACAGUACACAGAGAGGUUUCCAGAGCACACCUGAUGGUUCACAGCACAAUUCAGUUUGGAGCACAAUUGUGAAGCACAUUCCCUUACCUGGGGCCCAACUUCCUUGCUUGCGGCAGCUUCUCUCCUGGAAUGGGGGUCCCUGGAGCUCAGGGGCUCAUACCCAGGAAACCUCACACCUGGGGAAAGACGGUUAAUUUCACUGCCCCUUUGGGCUGCCGCUUAUUCUCCUUGUGCGUGGUGUGCCCGUCUUGUGCAAAUAACCUUGGGAACCUUCCCCAAGAUGCCCAGCCUGUGGUGGGGAGGGCACAGACAGUGCGGUGGACACUAGAGGCUGCCAAAGGGAAGGGCUGGUCUCUGUUCUGGGGCCCAGCACCCCCAGCACCCCACCCACCCUGACCUGAGGCCUCCCCUGGAAGAGAGCUGCCCUCAGAACGCAGGCUGGGAGGAUCAGAGCCUGGAUGGCGAAUCGUGUCUGUAGAGCGACGGACGGCCCGGUGGAGGGACUGGUGUAUGGUGCGCAGCUGUGGAUGGAUGGCACACAUGCAGGCACGCCAGGGCGGCCCAACUCCAUCUGUGAGCGCCAUGGUGGGUGGAGUGGCUGCAGGCCACAGUGCUAGGUCUCAGCACCUUCACGGAAGGUCCUGAAUUCUUCCCGUGUUCUCAGCACAGGGAGGGACAGACAAGACCCAAGGUUUCCUCCUUCAUCCCUUAGCCCCUUGGUCCAACCCCCCCCCAACCCCUACCUUCCCUGGGGGGGUCCUUCCUCCCACCCUGCCAUUUCCUCGACUCAUCCCUUCCCCACAACUACUCCCAUUUCCAGCCCUCCAGCCACACCCAUCCUUUCGGAGUGUGAGGGGAGAAGGAGACCCACGUCUCCCCAAAGACAUGAGCCUUUGGGGGACAACAUCCCGCCCGAGGCACCCUCACCUAACGCCUCCUGCCUGGUCCCAUGCCUAAUCCCGGCAGAUUUAGCAACAGGAAAAGCAAGGCCCCGGGAGAGACACUGUACUAUAUAUACUCUUCUAGUCUAUUUCUAUUGUAUAUUCAAUCUGUACACGUGGGUGUAAAUGCGGUUAACUGACAAACCCCAUAUUCUGCCGUGGCUCGUGGGCUAUUUUCAUCCUCAGUGCUGUACAGAUCUAUUUUCAUUGUAUAUUUGAUAUAUUUUUAAUUUUGUAGCGUGUGGCUGGGCCAGGCCCCAGCCCGCCAGCCUGUAUCGGGGCGGCGGAGCUGGGCCGUCUGCUUGGAUCACAAGAGCUGGGUCGUGCUUGCAGCCUUCUGCCGUAGGCCAGGCCCCGUCCUGGCUGUGUCUCCGCUGUGUUAGACAUAGGGCCUGGAGCUUGGCGCGUGCACGUGUGUGUGUAUGUGUGUGUGUGUGCGGCGGGUGCGCCUAAGUGGGUGUGGGUGCGUGUAGGGUGAUUUGUGAUUCCCAGGGUUCACCACGUUCCUGAAGACCACACUGCCCUCCCCCUGCCUCCUUCUCCUCCCAGCUCUGUCAGGCAAGGCCUCUGGGCAGGGUGCUGUGGGGAAAGGCGGGUGUUUCGUGCUGGGGACUCCUUGCCUUCACGCCCCUGGGCUUGCCAGAAGCAGAGAAGGAGGGGCUCUGGGCCGAAGAGCUCCUAAAUCUGUUUUCUAGCUAACCUCUCCCUGUUCCUCCCGGACUCAUGAGCUCUUCAUCCUGAGGAAAAGCACUGGGUUUCUUGAGAUGGUGACACCUCAGGAGAGCAGCUCGUGGCGCCUCUGUCCCGCAUUUGUCCUUGAGAUGGUUCUGAGAGAGUUCUGAAAGGAACAGCUGCCCUUCCCCUGAGCUUCAGUCCUCAGGGCAGCCGGGAGUGAGGCGACGCCUGUGGGGGAGUCAAGAACAGGUGGGGCAUCUGAUGAGGUAUGAUCCCUCCCCAGAUGCCCUGGAGGAGCAGGAGGGGGCCAGAGAGGGGCAGGCCCCCACAUCCCUGUGCAGGGUCCCCAUCCCUUACUGGUUUUGGUGCUGUCCAAGCAGUGCCCACAGGGGACAGCGGGCUCAGGGCAGGGCGGGGCAUGCCUGGAAGAGUCCCCUGGUCCCUGCCCCUUCCUGUCCUCCAGCCCCAGUCACCAGCUUCUUGCUCAGGGAGCCCUCUCCACUGAGGCAGCGUGAAGCCCGAGAUCCAGAUGGGGAUGGACAGGGAGGGCAUUCUAGCUGAUACCAGCGGGGUGGGCCUCGGCCCUCCAGCAAUAAAUCUGAGGGGACUUGCACUCUCCUAGUGCCGGGAGAAGGCUUCCUGAGUCACCUGCCAUCGGCUAAGGCUGGGAGCUGGAAGCUGCAUGGUGCCGGGCCCUGAGCAGGCCUACAGUAUUAUGGGCAGGGGCUCCCCUCCAGUCCCUCCUCACAGCUGCAUCCCUCUCCCCCCACCAGAGUACUCCCAUGGUGGAAAAGAGGAGAGACAACAGGUUAGAAAACACCUGACUCCCGGAGCAUCCACUAGGCCCUGAAACUGGGGGCCUGCUGCCCCCUCACUGGAACCUAACGACCAGAGGUGGGGAAGAAGGGCCCAGGGUCCCUCCUCAACCCGAGUGCUGCUUUGUACAGACCCAAGCACAUACAGCUGGUAUCACUUUUGGUUUGGGUACAAGUUUAGAACAGUUCAAGUCCAUGUGCCCCGUGACUGGCCAGAGCCCUGGGUGAAGACCACUGAACCCAGGGGAGGGGAUGAGGCAUCAUCAGCCCUAGAUCCCCUCCUUCCUCUCUUCACCGCCCCCCACCCAUGGUGUACAAUAAAGUGUCUGUUCUUACCAAA